AUGGCAGCUCGCCAUACGAUAGCAGCUUUUCUCGGAAUCAUUGCCGUCUGUUCGAUCAUCAUCGCACUCGCGUCCCUGCUCGGCAUCGCGACAGGUGGACUGAUCGCCCUGAACCGCGUCUGGCCGGGCUUAUUUUCGCUCUUCCGGCGGAGAGGCCAGAACGAACGGUCCUUGGAAGAGGGUUUGGCAACUGAGGAGAACCAGGUGAAUGCUUCCGGUAACGCUGAAUGCCAGCGACAGACGAAGCAAACGACGGAACCGACCAAGCUCAACUGGGCCGCAGGAUACCCGGCGUUUGCAAAGGGAAAGAAGCUCAGCACCAAGGUCCAGAUAUUAGCUACUGGAAGUGGAUUGGGCCCUGGAAUGAUUAGAAUCGCACCCCUCUUCCCGGACACUGUGAUGGCAGUCUUCGACUCUGACCCGAUCGCGGUGGGAGAGACCAAUUCCCGUAUCAUGAAGCUCCGCGAUCAGUUUGCCAAAACCAGCAAACCGGUGGUUGGCAACCCGUACCAGAACAUCAGUGCUUUCCUCAUGGUCCACCAAGCUGCAGCACCCAACUAUUUCACAAAAGGCCAGCUUAGCAAAGUCUUUGUUUCCAUUCCCAGCCAGGAAUCUGUCCUGGAAAAGAGUCCCAGCGCGGUAGAUAUUUCCCAGAGCUAUGCGUCUGUUACCCAAUCUGGAGGCGUUUUUUACGCCCUGUUUGAGAGCGAAGAUGCGUUGCAGCGGUUCGCUGGAGAAUUCGACAUUGCUGGACAUCUAUGGCUCCGCGUUCCUGAGGAGGAAUGGACAAAAGACUGCAUGAUGGCUGCUGUGGGAGACAGGAUGAAGGAAGGAUCAAUGCACGAGAGCAGGAUCGCCGUCUGGAAACGCAAGUAG